AUGAGCAGCAGCAGCAAUAAGAGAGCCCCGACCACGGCCACGCAGAGGCUGAAGCAGGAUUACCUGAGGAUCAAAAAGGAUCCAGUGCCUUACAUCUGUGCUGAGCCCCUGCCCUCCAACAUCCUGGAAUGGCACUACGUGGUGCGAGGGCCCGAGCUGACCCCCUAUGAAGGUGGAUAUUACCACGGAAAAUUAAUAUUCCCUCGAGAAUUCCCUUUCAAACCUCCCAGUAUUUAUAUGAUCACACCCAAUGGAAGAUUCAAAUGCAAUACAAGGCUGUGUCUGUCCAUCACGGAUUUCCACCCUGACACCUGGAACCCGGCCUGGUCUGUCUCCACCAUCCUGACAGGGCUGCUGAGCUUCAUGGUGGAGAAAGGGCCCACCUUGGGCAGCAUUGAGACCUCUGAGUUCACUAAAAGGCAGCUGGCUGCACAGAGCUUAGCAUUUAAUUUAAAAGAUAAAGUCUUCUGUGAGCUCUUUCCUGAAGUGGUGGAGGAAAUGAAACAAAAGCAGAAAGCCCAGGAGGAGCUGAGCUCCAGACCUCCCUCCCUGCCCCUGCCCGACGUGGUUCCGGACGGGGACGCCCACUUUGGGCACAACGGGCACGCGCUGCUGAACGGGCACGGGGGGCUGCAGGGGCACCCCGGGGGGCUGCAGCAGCCCCACAGGAACCACGGACUCUUGGGGGGAGCCCUGGCGAACUUGUUUGUCAUCGUGGGCUUCGCCGCCUUCGCCUACACAGUCAAGUACGUGCUGAGGAGCAUAGCCCAGGAGUGAGGGGACACGGCCCCAGAACGCCCAACCCCAGCGGGGCUUGGGGGAACAGAGGCUCCAGGGAGGGAGGUUGGGGGUUUGUGGGGUCACAAGGCAAAGAGAUCCUUUGGUUUGUAGAGUUGGGCUCCAUCUGUGGUUUGGCAAUUGGAAAAUCUUCAGUAAAUUUGUAUUCCGUUGAGUUUUCGGUUCUGGAUGAAUGGGGAAUUUGGGGUUUUGCCCUGCCUGGGUCCUGGUGGGAUUUUGGGUUGAGAAGUCAAAGCUUCCCAAAGUUGUUGGGAUGACUCUUCAUUUUACUGCUUCAGUUUGUAGAGUUGGGCUCCAUCUGUGGUUUGGCAAUUGGAAAAUCUUCAGUAAAUUUGUAUUCCGUUGAGUUUUCAGUUCUGGAUGAAUGGGGAAUUUGGGGUUUUGCCCUACCUGGGCAAAUCCCUGGUGGGAUUUUGGGUUGAGAAGUCAAAAUGAUGUUGGGGAGACACUUUGAUUUGUAGAGUUGGGCUCCAUCUGUUGCUUAGCAAUUGGAAAAUCUUCAGUAAAUUUGCAUUCCGUUGAGUUUUCAGUUCUGGAUGAAUGGGGAAUUUUGGGAUUCUCCCUACCUGGGUCCUGGUGGGAUUUUGGGUUCAGUAGUCAAAAUGUUGUUGGGAAAUCAUUUUGAUUUGUAGAGUUGGGCUCCAUCUGUGGUUUGGCAAUUGGAAAAUCUUCAGUAAAUUUGCAUUCUGUUGAGUUUUCAGUUCUGGAUGAAUGGGGAAUUUGGGUGGAAAAUUGGGGGUUUUGCCCUUUGUGGGAUUUUGGGUUGAGAAGUCAGAAAUUUGGAGGGGAGAUCCCUUGGUUUGUAGAGUUGGGCUCCAUCUGUGGUUUGAAAUUGGAAAAUCUUCAGUAAAUUUGCAUUCCGUUGAGUUUUCAGUUCUGGAUGAAUGGGGAAUUUGGGUGGAAAAUUUGGGGGUUUUGCCCUUCCUGGGUUACAUUGGGAUUUUGGGUUGAGAAGUCAAAGCGUUUUUGGGGUGACUCUUCGUUUUUAAAGCUUUGAGUUCUUCUCCAUCUGUGGUUUGACAGUUGAAGAUCUUCAGUAAAUUUUUAUUCUGUUGAGUUUCCAAUUCCAGAUGAGUGGGAAAUUUAGGUUGAAAAUUUGGGGGUUUUGGCUCCUUCUGGGUCAUGGUGUGAUUU